AUGGCCACCACAUCUUCCUCAUCGAAAGGUCAGAUGGAGACCAACCCCAGGGGAAUACCCAAAGCGCCAUUUGUGGCUGAUGUGGACGAGUACGUGGGAGGUAAAGAUGCAGAGAUACAAAGUACUAUGAAGAAAUUCGAGGAGACAACUGCGAAAUAUCGAUAUAUGGAGAUAUCCUUACAACAACGACGUAAAGCCCUCUUAGGUAAAAUACCAGAUAUGGAGCAGACCCUCCAAGUGGUAAAGUUCUUACAGGUCAGGAGGAAGAAGGCAUCGGGUGAACCUAUCGAAGAAGAGGAGAACAAUGCAGAUAGCGACGAUGAUGAUUUGGAUGACCUGGACGAUCUGGAUGACGAAGCGGAUGAUCAGAAAAAGGAGGAUAAGCCGUUAAAGACGUUGUUCGAGUUGAAUGAUACGCUUUUUGCGGAGGCUGAAGUGACUGAGACGGGAGAGGUGGGAUUAUGGUUAGGUGCGAACAUCAUGUUGAUGUACCCACUGCAAGAAGCUAUCGAAUUGUUGACCAACAAAUUAUCAACAGCUAAGAAAUCACAUGAAGAGACUGUGGAAGAUCUGGAAUUCUUAAGAGAACAAAUCACGGUGAUGGAAGUGAAUUUCGCUAGAGUACAUAAUUGGGACGUAAAGAGAAGAAGGGAGAAAGGUUUGAUAGGUCAACAAUCUGGAUUAUUACCUUCACAGAGAAAGCAGGGUAACGACGAUGAUUCGGAUGAUGAUGAUAGGGAUUAG